CUCUAUCCUAUCACACCUCACGCCUGUGUACAUGGAGUUUAUGUAUUGAUGUGUUCUGUAGAAUUAUAUUUUAUAUACUAAAUUUGCUCUGUAAGAUUUUUCCUGCAGGUGGAUUUUUUUAUUAUUAUUAUUUGCACAAUGUCUAACAGUAGCUUAAGUUAAAGUUUAAAGGAUUAUUCAUGAAUAUUCUGUAACUCAGAAAAUUGCCUGUAUGUGUAAUUUGAUGUAUUUUUUGUACAUGUACACACAUAUAUUAUCAUUUAAACAUGAUGUACUUAUGUAGUUUAUUGAUAUGUUUGCAGAAUCAUGUUUUAUAUGUUUUAUAUUAGUUUUUGAUUUUUUUUAUUAUUAAUAUUAUUUCUAUUUUUGAAUGUGAUGCAGAGAAUAUGUAUUCCAUAUUCUGUAUAUACAGAACGCUUGCACAGAACGUUUAUUCGGUAAUUUACACACAUGUAUUUUAUCAAGUGAACAUCAUUUUACAAUAUCUUGAUCUCCAGGUCAUUUAGAUAUAUCUGCAGUCACUUUUUUAUAACAUUUUUUUUUGUUUUGUUUUCAUAACGUGUUUUUUUUUUAUCAUAAAACAUGCUAAUAAGGUGAAAUAUAGGUGAAUAUAGAUUUAGUUUACAGGAUUAUUGUUUAAUAUACUAACCCAUUGUUGUUUUGUCUGCAGAAUGUUCCUAACUUUCAGUGCUGACAUUUUUUAGAAACUCACUGUUUGAUUCUUGCUCACCACUGGAAAAAAAAAAAUAUAUAUAUAUUUUAAUUUUAUGAAAAACGAAAAAAAAAAAAAAAAAAAAAAAAAAGUAUACUUAUUCAAUAUUGUAUAAGCUUUGUGGCACCCAAGACAAAAACUUUAAACUGGAAAUUGUUUAUCUGCUGUUAGUUUUCAGGAACAUUCUGUUCGCUGGCUUCAGGCAGUUGUGUUUGCAGUUGAAGAAAUUAACCGGAGCCCCACUCUGUUGCCAGGGGUCCGACUGGGUUAUCACAUAAUGGAUAGCUGUUCCCGAUACCCCCACAGCCUGAAGGCAGCUAUCUCAAUGAUCAGUGGAGGAAAUGAAACUUGUGGUACCACUAAACCAGCUAAGCUCCUCAUUGGAGAUUCUUCUUCUACUCAGAGCAUUCUUCUAUCCAGGACCCUGAGACCCCUGCAAAUUGCAGUGAUCAGCUAUCUGGCUAGCUGCCAAUGUCUCAAUAACAGACAAAAGUACCCCAAUUUCUUCCGCACUGUCCCCAGUGAUGCCUUUCAGGCACGCACCAUGGCACAGAUGGCUAAACGCUUUGGUUGGACCUGGGUUGGAGCCGUGGUUGCCGAUAAUGACUAUGGGCGAGGGGCUGUGCAGGUGUUUGAAGAGGAAAUCAAGGGCAUGGGGAUCUGCUUGGCCUUUUAUCACACACUCUACAGGGAGCAAUUAACAAAGGAUGUGGCCCGUGCUGCAACAACAGUCCAAGCCUCUUCUGCCCAUGUGAUCUUGGUGUUUGCUUGGUAUACAGAUGUUGAGGCGUUUCUUUUGGAAUUGAUCCGUAGGAAUGUGACAGACAGGCUGUUCCUGGCAAGUGAGAUCUGGAGCACCAGUGACUAUCUUUUGGCCAAUCCCCAGCUCUACACCAUUUCUAAGGGAACACUGGGUGUGGCAUUAAGAAGCGUGCCCAUACCUGGUUUUGAUGCACAUCUCCGGCAGCUACAUCCUGCUCGUUACCCUGAUGAUGAAUUCUUGAGGACCUUGUGGGAAAAUACAUUUGGCUGUAGCCUUACGAAAAGCUCUUCCAUGGUUACACAGAAAGCCCUGCCUCCAUGCAGUGGCAGAGAGAGUCUGGAAGGGGUUCACAGUCAAUUUACAGAUACUUCUCAUCUUACAGUGACAUAUAAUGUUUACUUGGCUGUAUAUGCUGCUGCUCAUGCACUUCAUUCUUUGCUGGCGUGCACCCCGCAAAAAAAUUCUGAUCCUAAAAUAAAACCAAAGUGCUCCUCUCCUGACAACAUCACUCCAGCACAGCUUUUACAGCACAUUGGACAAGUUAAUUUCACCACUCACUUAGGAGAGGAGUUUUAUUUCCAGGAUGGCAGCAUUCCACCUGUCUAUGACCUGGUGAACUGGCAGAGAGCUCCUGAUGGUUCACUCCACUAUGUUUCCAUUGGGCGAGUAGAGGGGAACCAGCUCAUUAUUAAUGAGUCAGCCAUUACAUGGCCUGGAAACUCUGAAAAGGUGAGAGGGGCUUCUAAUAAAAUUGAUAUGUCAUUAACUCCUUGA